AUGACAGUGGCCCACCUGGCGGAGGAGCUGGCAACCAGGGACUCCUUCCCAGCACCCUUUGUCUUCCAGCGGGCCAGGCAGCUGGUACAGGGUGCUAGGAAGGAUGUCGCCAACUGCCUCAAGCUGGGCUUUGCUGCAAUGCGAAUCAAGUACUUCCCCGAUAUCAAGUACAGAGAUGUGAAAAAGAGGAAGGUCCUCAACUGGAACUUCCUUGAUUACAAAGAGCUGUACGACGCGAGCAGCACACCCUCCAUGGCGGGCCUCGCUGGUGCACUGACAGGUGACGUCAUCAAUGAGAUCGAGCGGCAGAACCUGUCAUACCGCCACAACCUCGACAGAUACGUGCACUGCGUCUCCCCCCUCUGGUCUGUUGUCCCCUCUGCUCUGGUGGAUCAGCUGUCUCUUCCUCUCACAGGUCAGGACAGCAUCCUGGAGCCUCUGUGUUUCCCGGAGCGGCCGGCCUGCAGCUGCAGUGCUGUGGGGGUGCAGAGUGGGGGCGCCGAGCUGCUGGUCUGCCUCUUCUGCUCCGAGUCGGUCCCCACACAGCAGAAAGACGCUCUGCUCAGACACCUCCUGCUGGAGCACAAGCUGGUGAUCGCCGACGUCAAACUGAUCGCAGACCUGGCCAAGUACCUGCUGUACUGGAAGGGCCGGUUCAUGGAACAGUCACUCACUGACUUCUGCAGUGUGAUCAAGACCAACUCCACCGGCCCGGUCGAGAAACAGGAGGAGUACUUCCUGCUGUGUGACGUCCUUCCAGAAGAUCGACUCUUCAGAGAAAAGCUCCAACAGAAACGACUGGAGGAGGUGCUGGAGCAGCAGCAGAGGGAGAGAGAGGACAGCAGCUUCCAUCGACUCUGCAUGUUCUGCAACGAGGAGUUCACCGGGAACAGGUCGUCCAUGUUGAACCACAUGGCGCGAGAGCACUCCUUCAGCAUCGGACUCCCUGACAACAUCGUCUACUGCGACCAGUUUCUGGACACGCUGCAGAACAAACUAGACAAUCUGCAGUGUCUGUACUGCGAGAAAACCUUCCGAGAUAAAACCACGCUCAAGGAUCACAUGAGGAAGAAGGCUCACCGCCGCAUCAACGCCAACAACCACGAGUACGACCGCUUCUACGUCAUCAACUACCUGGAACUGGGGAAAACCUGGGAGGAGGUGCAGAGCGAGGACGACCGCGAGCUGGUCGAGGACGAUGAUUGGUCGGACUGGCGGGCUCACCCGCUGUCUGCUGUGUGUCUCUUCUGUGAGCAUCAGUCGGAGACGAUGGAGCAGAUCUACACACACAUGAAGGAGAGCCAUGGCUUCGAUCUUCACCGCCUGAAGACAGAGCUGAACCUCAAGUUCUACCAGCAGGUCAAACUGGUGAACUUCAUCCGGCGUCAGAUCCACCAGAGCCGCUGCUACGGCUGCCAGCAGGCGUUCGACUGCAGAGCCGACGUCCUGCGUCACCUCGAGGCCGAAGGUCACAUGAUGGCGCUGCCGGAGGCGUCCGCCUGGGACCAGCCUCAGUACUACUUCCCCACAUAUGAGAACGACGCUCUGCUCUGCACGCUCUCCGACAGCGAGGAGGACGAAACGGACACGACGGAGCACGGCGAGGACGUCCCGGUGAUCGCAGAGGACAUCUCCAACCUGAGAGACAUCCGGCAGAGCAGCGUCCUCGGCCAGCUGCUGAGGAGCCGAGCGUCCUGCAGCUGACGCUCAGCUCAAACCCUCUACAUGCACUUUCAGCCGUCUGACCUUCAUUCAAGCCCUGAAGAUCCCAACGUGUGGUCGCAAAUCGAAACAAGCACACAUCCACUGACAAAGGCACAUGUAAAUAAAAUAA